CGUCGACGGUUACCGGGCCUGCACUUCUUCGUUGUCGCUGUGUACGUUGCGUUCGUCAAUUUUUGAGACGACUCCGCGAAAAGGGAUAAGAGGACGCGCAACAAUUGAGCUAGGCUCGCGUGCUUGUCAAAAAUAGACGCACACAGAAUCACGCAAAAUGAGGUGCCAGGCGCUAUUCUUUCUGCUCUUCGUCGCACCAGCUGUUAUCCUGACGACCUGCCAAGGAAGUGGAUCAGUCGUGAAUGCUCAAGAAGAUGACAUUGACGACAUUGUUGAUGUCGAGGGGGAAGAGAGUGCCGUUGUGGCGGAUGAAGAAGUUGAAGAAGAAAAAGCCGUGACGACUUCCAAAGAUAUCAAUACCAUGAUACUCUUUACCGAGCCUGUGCCGAAGCCGUUAUCUACUAUGGAACUACCAGCUGGAAAACCUGUUGAGUUCUUGAUUGGCUUCAUCAACAAGGGUGAAAUCGAUUACAUUGUUGAAACUGUUAACACCUCGUUCCGUUAUCCAAUGGACUUCAACUUCUACAUUCAAAACUUCUCAACGAUUGCUUACAACAAGGUUGUCAAGCCUAAUCACGAAGCCACUCUCGCCUACUCGUUUGUUCCAUCUGAAGUUUUUGCUGGAAGGCCGUUUGGGCUCAAUGUUAACUUAAACUACCGAGACAUUAAUGGUAUUUCCUACAAUGAAGCUGUUUUCAAUGAAACUGUACAAAUUGUAGAAUUGGAUGAAGGUCUUGAUGGUGAGACUGUUUUCUUGUACAUAUUCUUAGCAGCAUGCGGUGUUUUGAUUCUUGUUGGAGGGCAGCAGCUCUUAUCUUCCUUUGGAAGAAAAACUCGCUCAUCAACUCGCAAAGUUACUGUUGAAGUAGGAACAUCUAAUCCCAACAACGUUGACUAUGACUGGAUUCCUAAGGAGCACAUAAGGCUCAACAAGUCCCCUAAGACUCCAAGACAGAGCCCAAGGCAAAGGAAAGCCAAAAGAUCAGCUGGAUCAGAUGAUUGAAUUUCUGUGUAACUAUGGAUAUUGUUAAUUUAAUGCAGCAAGGAAACAGAUAAUAAGACUUACAUCAUGUUAUUUGUAAUAGAAAAAAUAUUGAAAUUUUUUACUUAGAGAGAUACAAUGAGAUCCUUGCUUAAAAUUUUCAUUAAGGUGUGCUGAAGCGGCAUUUUUGUAAAAAAUGUUGAACUGCACCCGUGAACAAAUUUUAUUAUCUAGGUAAUAUAAACAAUUGCGACUAAAAAUGGAAGUACAAUAAUCGUGGUGUUUCUAUUUGAUAAAAUAAACUUUUUUACAAAUACUCUUAAUACAACUAUCCAUCAUUGUGAUAAAACAUUACAUAAUAGGAAAGCAAAGGAAUGUAUAUUAUCUAUCUUUAAAACAAGCACGUGCAAAUAUUUGGGUUGGAAAUGUUGAAAAACUUUUUUUUCACCCAUGGUACAUUCCACUUUCAAUUCAGAUGCAAGAAUAAAUGCAGACUGGAUUUGUUUUGAGUGCUUUACAUUCAUUUUCAUUUCUCUAUACAUAUAAUAAUAAUAAUUCUUGAAUAUGUGUAAAUAUUUUGAGUGUUGAGUGAAAGUUUA